ACAUACAGCUUAUCAGCUGUUCGUGGGAGCAGUGUGAAGCCGGUUGUAAUAAUUUUGCAUUGAUGCGAACAAGAUUAGAAUUAAAUAAUUAAAUAUUACUAAAAUAAAAUAAAAUCCAAAAUUAUAGAAAACAUGAACUUUGCCCGUCUUGUUUUCGCUAGAAGUGCUGGUGGUACAGCUCUGACAAAGAGAGUGACAAGUGUCUUACAUCGUCAAAUUUGUAUAGGAAGUAUACACCAUGCCGUACAGAAACCUCUGACGCAAUUUGAUUCAAAGCUGAAACCACACGAAUUUAAGAUUUCUACACAAUUGGCGCAUAGCCGAAAGGCCGCACAGCAGGCCAGUGCUGGUGCCUCGGUUGCACAGGUUUUAAAGAAACGCACUGUGAGAAAAAAAUGGGACGAUCAUGGUUUUGAAAAUCUCUCUGCUGAAGGAUUUUUCAAUGUGUCUGCUUUUACGACUGCGGAAGAAUAUGAUUUCGAGGCACUAAUGAAAGGCUUAAAUGAACAAAACUUAUAUACUGUUAAAAAGUAUUUUUCUACAGAUAAUCUCGGUGUUGAACAGAAUGUGCUUUAUGCCACAGCUAAAUAUCCUGUGGGUCAGGAAUCGCGUGAUAUUAUAUUCUUCCGUGAAGGAUCAGUAGUGUUGUGGAAUUUCAAUGAAAUCGAAACAAAUAAUCUAUUAUCAUUUUUGCGUCCAUAUGAGAAGGAUCCAUAUUUAAGUCCGUUGGUACGUGGCGAAAGCGAAGUGAUGCCCUACAUGUACAUCCCAUCAUCUGCUGUUGAUGUUGAGGGAGAUUUAGUGUCCGCAUCAGAUACAGAAGUGGCACGCGCUUUCUUCAACAAUGGCAAAUUUUUUCUUGCCUCCGAUGGUGAUAAUUUUCUGCAAAAGUACACAUUCUCCAAUGCAAUGGCAACUUCAAUCAAAUUGGGUAUGUGGGAGGCCAUGCUCGAACGCUAUAUAGAUUCCAUUGAAUAUCUCACAGACGAUCUAAAGCGUGGACGACGCAUACGUUUGUCGCGUGCUGAUGUACUACGAAAAACAGGCGAACUAUUCGCUUUGCGACACGAGAUAAACUUGGCAUCUGACUUAUUGGACACGCCAGAUUUUUAUUGGGAUCGCGAAGAGUUGGAAGCUUUGUAUUUGCAAGUUUGCUCCUACUUCAGUAUUUCACGACGUACAAAGGUGAUGAAUGAGAAAAUAAAUCAUUGUGUAGAAUUGGCUGAAUUGAUUUCGCACAAUUUGGAUGAGGCACAUCACACACGCCUGGAAUGGAUGAUAAUUAUAUUGAUUAUGGUAGAAGUAGGAUUUGAAAUUGUACAUUAUAUGGACCGUUUUUAUAACAAAGAGGAAGAGGGUGCAACUUCGACACAUUGAUAAAACGCAUUUAAACCAAAUAAGUUGUUAUUGAAUAAUAUUUGCUAGGCAAUUAAAGUACGAUUUUCGCUUUUAUAACAAUAAUUUGUGCCACGCACUUACUGUGUGAUAAUUAUCAACAAAUUUAGUUAGUAAGUUUGUAUAAAAUAAAAAUACAAUUUUCAAAACUA